GCUUUCGACGCACUCAAAUGAUGGCACCAGUGAUGGCAAAUGGAUUUGGUUUUCCUAUUUAAGUAUGACAUCUCCAGUCUAAAGGUGUCAUACAUAUUGUGAACCCUAGUCGAUGGAUUUAUUACCUUUAAUACAAGAAUAUUUUACCUGUACUUUCUCCAUAGGCUAGAAAUCUUGAAGCAUGGGCGACUGGAGCUUUCUUGGGCGGCUGUUGGAGAACGCUCAGGAGCACUCAACGGUCAUAGGCAAAGUCUGGCUGACUGUCCUCUUCAUCUUCAGGAUCCUGGUGCUGGGGGCUGCAGCUGAAGAGGUCUGGGGUGACGAGCAGUCUGACUUCACCUGCAACACCCAACAGCCCGGUUGUGAGAACGUCUGCUACGAUGAGGCCUUCCCUAUCUCGCACAUCCGCUUCUGGGUGCUGCAGAUCAUCUUCGUCUCCACGCCGACCCUCAUCUACCUGGGCCACGUACUGCACAUCGUGCGCAUGGAGGAGAAGCGGAAAGAGAAGGAGGAGGAGAUGCGCAAAGCGAACAGAUUCCAAGAGGAGAAAGAACUCCUUUAUAAAAAUGGUGGAGAAACUGGAGGCGGAGGGGGCAAGAAGGAGAAGCCACCUAUCAGGGACGAGCACGGCAAAAUCCGUAUCAGAGGUGCAUUACUGCGUACUUAUGUGUUCAACAUUAUUUUUAAGACCCUGUUUGAAGUGGGUUUUAUUUUGGGCCAGUAUUUCCUUUAUGGCUUCCAGCUGAGACCCCUGUACAAGUGUGCACGUUGGCCCUGCCCCAACACUGUGGACUGCUUCAUUUCGAGGCCCACUGAAAAGACUAUUUUUAUUAUAUUUAUGCUUGUAGUGGCUUGCGUGUCUCUUUUGCUGAAUUUGUUAGAGAUCUAUCACCUUGGAUGGAAGAAAGUGAAACAGGGCAUGACAAAUGAGUUUGCACCUGACCAUGAGUCGCUGCACCACGCCGACAUUGUGGAGCCUGAGUGUUUGGCUUCAGCCUCCAGAACUGCCCCCUCCAGCCUCAGCUACCCUCCCAACUACACGGAUGUGACAGCAGGCAGCGGGGCGUUCUUGCCCCCAAUGGGCCCGGCGGCCAUGCCGUCAGCAGAGUUCAAGAUGGACGACCUCCAGCAGGGGGACUCCCUUCGCCAGAACUCCCCCUCCUCCCACUACUACAUCAGCAACAAUAACAACCAUAGGUUGGCCACGCAGCAGAACUGGGCCAACCUGGCCACCGAGCAGCAGACUCGUGAGAUGAAGGCCACCUCCCCCUCCCCCUCCUCCUCUUCCAGCAGCACUAACAAUGAGCAGCAGCAGCAGCCUGUUGAUGCUGCGCUGCUCCUGCCCACAAGUAACACCAGCAUCACCAACACAACCACAGCUGCCUCCAGCAGCAGCAGCAGCAGCAGCCCCGGCUCAGCCUCUAAUGCAGGCAGCUGGGGUGGGGGGAAGAGUGAGCCAGAGGAGGGUCACAUCACCACCACCACAGUGGAGAUGCAUGAGCCGCCAGUAACGGUUAGCACGGAUCCACGGCGGCUCAGUCGGGCCAGCAAGAGCAGCAGCGUCAGGGCCAGGCCGAACGACUUGGCGGUCUGAGUAACUUCAGCCCUUAAACCUCCCUAGACCUUCCCCAAACAACACCUGCUUCCCCCAAAUCCACCCUCACACACAGUGAUUCUCAGUAAAAAAAUCACACUAAAAUAAAACAAAUAACAAAAAAAUUAAAAAACAAAAACACCAAAAAAACUUCAGUAAGAAUAGGCGACAAGAGACAAGAAAGCAGAAAACAGAGCAUAGGCAAAUGUGAAAAUGGCUUCAUCAGCAGCGGUCUUUGGUUUAGUGCAAUCGGUGAGUUGUAGAGUAGACGAGACAAGGUUUGUUUUUCUGGAUGGUCUUAAAUCAUGCACACAAAGUGUGAUAAUGCAGUGCUAGUCCGAGGGCUCUGCACAGUGGCAGAUGGACUGAAGGACAUUGUGACGUCAUAUAUCUGCAUUGGACAUGGACACAUCUGACCAACAUGUUUGGUUUUGGGGGACGAUCUCACAGUGUUUAUCUAUUUUUUUUCUUUUUGUUGAGACUAAAGCCUAAAGGACUGUUUCUCACAAAUGAAUACAAUCAUUUGUCAAAGUGAUGACUGUGUAUUUUUUUUUAUUUUAUGUGGCGGAAACUUGCGAUGUUGUACAGAUCAGUUACUUGACGUGUGGCCAGAUCAUUCGCACAUAUAUCUGGUUUGGCGCAAAUGUGAACUGCACGUUCUGCACUACAUGUCAGCAGCAUUUGACCUUUGACCUGGAACACCUGCUGCAGCUCCUCCUGAGUUUUGCCAUACGCUUGUUGUUAUGAACAUAGUUCAUUCAGGAAUUAGUUUUUUAAUCAACAUUACACAUAUCGUGUUCCUUGUGGUUGUGCAUGCUAGCAUGUGUAGCCCUACAACUCACUGAUUCACUGACAAAUCUGUCACCAAAGACAAAACAAACAGACACUGGAUAUGGGUCAGUACUGCUGCUAGAAGUCAUUCCUACAAUGCUUACAUGCACAUGGGUCUUUUACAAACGGUAGUGUCUACAACAUAGAGAUCAAAAUCUUCCCAUCACACUCUUAGGUUACUACAGAGGAAAAUAGGAGCCAAGUCCCUAAUGCCUGCCUCUGUCAGUGUUGCCUUUAAUUACCAUGUCUGCAAAGAAAAAUGCUCUCCACUACAUGCAAAAAUGACAAGAUGUUACCUUUAAAAUAUCUUGAAAUAUUAUACAACAUGUAUUCACCAAAAAUGAGCUCCCAAAGCUGGAUGGUUUGAGUUGAAGCUCCUAAUAUUUUUAGUUAGACCAGAUCCACAAUCCCCUUUUUAAUCACACCUGAGAGCAACUUUGAGAGUUUAACAAUUUUCACUCUCACAUGUUUCAUGUGCUUUUUCAUUGGUUUUAUUCUGAAAAGUGCUAUUUUUUUAAAAACUGAAUUGAAUUUUACUCAUAAAUUGCCUACCUGUAGUCAGUUUGUGAUUGCGAAACAUCUACAAUUUUAAAAAAUAGACAAAAUGGCUGGUGUUGCAUCCAAACAUCAGGGUGUGGCCGACCUUGAUGGCUCCUUUUUUGUUGUGUUUAUCAUGAUUCUUAGAGAUCUUCAGGAACACAAACUUUGAUCUGAAUUCCUCAGCAGCCACAGUCAUCAGUCUGUAACGUGUUAGUGUGCUGUUUGGUUCAUUCACAACCCACCUGGGCACAAAAACAGCAACCUUAAUCCACUGUGUUACCCUGAGCGUUAACCUCUGGGAGAGUGUUGUGAGAGUGUGUGAAUACACACACUAUGACUGUGUGAAAAUGUAAUGAUCUAGGUCACAGACCUGCAUUCAUGGGUAAUUACAUCAUCAUUACCUUAAGGAGAUUUUGUACUUUUUUUUCACUCAUUCUCCAGACGUUAAUGUGCAGGCUAAUACACUGGGAUAAGAGCAGUGAAAAGUGUUACCAGCUGUUUACUCUUUCCAUAGAGGGUUACACAUAAUAGCACUGUAUGGCGCAUGAGUGUCUGUACCCAUAUAGACAUGUGACAUACUGUAUCUUACUUCAGUUGCUUAUAUAACAGCGUGCAAACGGCAACACUCCAAGAGGCAAAUAAACAUCUGAACAUCUCAUAGGUAAAACCUGCCCCUCCCCAUGCAUGUUUAUUGUUCAAAAUGACAGAAAUCUUUGUUAUCUGCAUUUGUUUUUGAUUCCUAAAGUUUACAUUUUAGUGGUUGAUAAAGAUUUGCACAUUUAGGAAAGAAAAAUGCUGUUCUAUGAUGCUAUUAUUAGUAGUAAUAGACAGAGAAAGAGAGAGAGUGACACCAAACUGCCAAUCUCUGAUCCUCAAAGGAAAAAAACAAUGUCUUAAAAGUAAAAUACAGUGGCUCUUCACAGAAAAGGCAGUAUUAAAAAAGAACUGUUAUUUAUUUCAAGCUCAUGAUCUGAAAGUGAUAUCGCUGAGUUUGGAGAAUUAAAAAAACAACAGAGAGAGAGAGCGAGAGAGAAACCAGAUGGGGUAGUUUUCUGCGUGUUCACUCAGUAUGUUCUCACAGACUGGUUGGACUCUGGUUAGAUGUCAUAACUCUGCUGUUGAGAGAAUGUUAGCUGGGUAGCUGGCCCUUCCCUAACCCUGCAUACGAAGCCCUGACAAGAUGUUGUGUUCAAAGCCCGUCGUUCCUGUGACUCCUCCAAACUCUCUCCUCUUACGUUUCAUGCAGAGCAUGAUUUCUCUGGCUCGUCAGGGAGUAGGAACCAUCUCACAAUGCUCAGAACAGCAACCUGUUUUCAAUGCUGUCUUAAACAAAAGAAGUGCCUUGUGUAUG